CGUUUCUUAGUUUUCUCCCCCCACUCCAAAAAAGAAGAAGAGCAUUUGGUUUUUAGAUCCAACCAGAGAUGAGAGACAACAACACAAGAGAAGGAGAGAGAAUCAGUUCUUCUUCAAAGCAGCAACCACAAGUUCCUAUGUCUUUGAAGCUCGUAGAUACAUGUCUGAGGCUAAGUGUGGUUCCCCUCAGUGUUGCAACCAUCUGGUUAACUGUCAGUAACCACCAAUCCAACCCUGACUACGGAAAUUUAGACUACAACUCCAUCAUGGGUCUCAAGUAUAUGGUUGGUGUUAGUGCUGUAUGUGCGAUUUAUGCUCUGCUCUCUACUAUUUCUUCAUGGAUUGCAUGUUUAGUGUCCAAAGCCUGGCUCUUCUUUGUCCCUGACCAGAUUUUAGCUUAUUUGAUGACAACAUCAGUAGCAGGAGCAACAGAGAUAGUGUAUUUACUCAACAAAGGAGAUAAACCAGUGACAUGGAGUGAAGUGUGUUCUUCUUACUCACACUUUUGCUCAAAACUUACUAUUGCUUUGGGGCUUCAUGUCUUUGUUCUCUUCGUUUUCUUAUUUCUCUCCGUCAUUUCUGCUUAUAGAGCUUUUAGUCUCUUUGACCCUCCUUGUGACCCUCAAACCAAUAAUAAUGCUUAACUACUCAGUAUUCAAUCAUAUUUGCAGCUUUGGAGUCAGUUUUAUCUCAAUGAUGCGGAGAUUUUGGUGUUUUAAAUUUGUUGCUAAAUUAAUAUGAUUUGUAUUUGUCAAGAAAUCUAAUAAUGUAUGAAGUUUAUUUUGUCUU